AUGGAUGUCGCUGUGUACUUCGAGCAAAUAUGCCAACAUCGAAGGACCCAAAUACUUCCGACGGCAGCAACCAGAACCUCUUCGCCCCUCGCUGACUGGCUAGCGAAUGGGAUCCUCCUUCGGACAAUCGUAGUGUUACCAUGGUGCUCCGGAAACACCCAAAGAUUUGUGCCUGCGACGCCAGGACCGGACUCAGAUGUUUAUGGUGCCAAUGGGCUUUGCGCUGCAGAGUACUGCGGCCACGACUACACGUACGUGAACGUCGACGACAUGGCAAGCAGCACCCCGAACAACCACAGCAAUAGCAGCAGCACGAGCCCGAGACCCAAAGCGUUCACACAACGAACAGGAAAAUCUGCCGCACCAGGAGGUGAUCCUGGGGCCGGUCCUGGGAUUGCCUGCCGGGCACCAGAGAUGUCGCCAUCGCCGCUCACAAAGUGUAGAGGUAUUGUAGCCAAAUAG